ACCGACAAAUUACGUCACCUGCACGAUCCACUUCCUGGAUCGCUCACGCUUUGUAUUCAGUAUCGUUUUGUGGGAAAUAAAACGUUCCACACGCUCCCCUGUCGUUAAAAAGGUGUGGCCCACCAGGCUAAACAAGAAAACAACUCGGUCACGAUCCAGCCUGGUGUGAAACCUGCACCUUCCUGAUGUCGGUGGUGCAUCAGAGCAGCUCAGGCUGGGUUUUGGAGUCACGGUCUCUCUUUGACCGAGGCUAUGAGCGGUGCGUCAGAUGGACAGGACAUCAGAAGUCACAUGUCAAGUGCAGUUUUAAAAGUUUCCAGAUAGUAAAGAGUCAUUAUAAUUUGAGUGGGAGAGCUGCUGUGGAUGGGGAACACACUGACGUGAUGCAGAAAACAGACAAACCAAAGAAACGUAAGCGUAAACACAAUGAGCUCAACCAAGGUGAAAUUGAUGCAAAGGCUUUCCAUGAAAAGAUCAGGAGUGUUAUUCUGGAAGGAACCAAAUCCUUAGUGGAUUCUGCCCGAUCAGCUGGAUACUUGAGCGGAGAGACAGAAACAUUCAGAGAUCCACUUCCUUCCCAGGACUGCAGCCUCGCAGCGCUCUGUGAGAUGGCUAAAGAUCUUCCUCUGAUGGCCGAUGAAGAGCAGGAGUGGACACAGUCACUUUUCACAAAGGAAAGCUGUGUUUCACAUGUCGACCUGUUCUCUCGGCUGACGGAGAACACGGAGGCCUGGGCAGCAGUGGUCUCACUGAUGGGAGAGGAGUUUAUAAUACCUCCUAAGUCUGCCUUCCUCCUCUCUGAUUUCACAAGAAUACAACCACUUGUGCAAUCUGGGAGGAGGUUUGACCUCAUUGUCAUUGAUCCACCUUGGGAAAACAAGUCUGUGAAAAGAAGUCGCAGAUACAGCUCUUUGCCUUCAUCCCAGCUGAAACACCUCCCUGUCCCCCUCCUGGGAUCUCCAGGCUGUUUGGUGGUCACCUGGGUGACAAACAGGUCCAGUCACCUUCGUUUUGUCCGGGACGAGCUGUAUCCACACUGGGGUGUUGAAGUUGUGGCCGAAUGGUUCUGGGUCAAGGUCACCACAUGGGGGGAGUUCGUGUUUCCUCUCGAUUCACCCCACAAGAAGCCGUAUGAAGUGCUGGUGCUGGGUCGGUAUCGUCCUACAAACGCCCGCACAAGCCCUCUACAAAUGCUGAGCGUCCCAGUUGAAGAUAAACGUUUGAUUGUGAGUGUCCCGUCAGCGCUGCACUCCCAGAAGCCCUUACUGUCAGAGGUGCUAAAGUCAUAUAUUGGAGCUGAAGCCAAGUGUUUGGAGCUGUUUGCUCGGAAUCUUCAGCCCGGAUGGACCAGCUGGGGAAAUGAGGUGCUGAAAUUUCAGCACAUAAGCUACUUCAACUUGGACCCUGUAGAUAUCUCUAAAGCUGAGGCGACAAAAGACGAGACGUACAACCCUGCAGUCACAUGUGAUUUCAGUUCGCCGAAGAAAACCGACUGUCUCCAUCCAGCCUUCCUAACAGUAGAACAACAGUAGACUGACGUUCAACACCUGUCACUUGUUUUUUUUUAAAACAUUGUUUUUAAUAAAGAUUUUGCACGAAAA